AUGGAUCAUGGCGCACGCUCAUAUUGCACAAACUCAAUAGGAAAGACUGCUAGUGAAUUGGCAGCAUUUGUCGGUCAGCAUGAAUGUGUUUCAAUUAUCAAUAAUCAUGUAACUAUUGACGAGAUUGAACGCUUGCUAUCACCAAAAGUUGGGUCAGAAAGCACUGAAGUUUAUCCUGAACAUCUCGCACGUCUCAUUCACAAGCUUUGCAGCUGGCACCAGAUUCAUCCUGUUGCCGUCGCGUUCGAGUUGAGCAAAUAUGGAGAUGCAAUGAAAUAUCAAAAGAAGAUCCUCUACGUUGUUGAUCGUGUUUUUGAAAAACAACUGAGAUGCAAAGAAGGCAAUGAGGUAAUGUCUCUGAAACUAUGGGUGAUUCUCUUUGUACUCCGUGAUGCUUACAAGUACGUCUCCGAACUGGUGCUGAAUGGCAGGAACUCACAUGAAUCCUGCCUUAUCUACGCGAAACACUUACUAAGUUGGGAACCUGGAGAGCAAGUGAGGAAGAAUCUGGAAAUUCUCCUUCGCAAUGCUAUGAAAGCUUUCCCAUAUCACCACUCUCUCUUGUAUGAAACAUUAGUUAAGGCUAUGGCAAAAACAUCUUUUGGAGAGAGGCCGACGGCCUUUGAAUAUAUCGUUCAAGGUUUGUUUGGGCAACGACUGUUAAUGGCUAGCAAGUUUUGCGCCACAUGCGGAUCAUGCUCUGCCAAGAAACGGUGCCCCAAAUGCAAGCUCUGCUACUGUUCUGUCGAGUGCCAGAAGUUCGAUUGGCCUAUCCACAAGUCAUGUUGUGAAUCAAUACGAAGUUGGAACAAUGUCACCGACGUGAGGGAUACCAUAUCGCUUGAAGAUCUCCAGGCUACAAUCGCUGAAAUAGAUCAGUGA